AAGGGACUGGACAGACAAGGGACCGCCCCUCCGGGGGGGGGUGCUGUGGCCAACAUCGGGCCAGGACCACACUGAACCCCUCUCAGGGGAGGACGCCACAGAGCCUGGCUUCGCGGACCCAGGAGGGAGCCAGGACCAUGUUCCAAUAAAUGAGGACUGCAGGGCGAGGCUUGAGCCCCGACUCCCGGCCAGAGACGCGACAUCAGACCAGGACGAAUGGAGAGGCCGCUCCGGGCUCGCCGAUGCCCAGGGCGGGGAGGGAGGGCGACAGGAGGUGCCCCCCGUCCAUCCUGAGGCGGAGCCGGACAGAGCGCCGCGGCGUGGAGCCACAGAGGACCUCGAGGCGGGUGCGGUUCCGGGAACCCCUGGAGGUGGCCGUGCACUACAUCGCCAGCAGGGAGACUGGCGCCACCACCAAGGCUGUCCACCAGGCAGUGGCUGAGAGGGACCUGGCUCUGCCCGGACCCCGCCACCUUCAGAACACGGCCGUCUGCGCCCGGACCCCGGGCUGCGCCGCACACCAGCUGCAGGCCCUCUGGGUCCCACGACCGUAGGCAGACGGCGUGCCCCCACCGGUGUUGCAAGGCCAUGGGGAGGCAUGUGGUGACAAACUGCAGACCCUGCGUGGAGGGGGACCCCUGAACAAAGCGGGGAGGCCCACGGUCAGACACCAGGAGGGACUGCCAGGAAGACGCCAUCCCGCCCAGCAACCUUCAGACAAGUGCCCACGGGACGGCCAGUCCCGCCCCCUCCAGGGGCUUAUGCCCUGAGCGCCCGUCCCCUCGACCUCAGUGGGGACACACUGAUUUUCUAUUAAAGCACACGCUGCCACCUCUCUUACUGGUCCGGGCGUUCUUACCCCAAGGAAGGAUAUGGGGAGUCCGCUUCCUCAGCUAAAGUAGAGGUGGGGGCACAGAGGGAGCCUGUCCUUCCGGGCCUCGGGGCUCGGGAGGUGCUUUCCAGGGCUUGGGGUUUGGGGAGCCCAGUGGAGAGGAGGGGCCCGCCUCCAGGAGCGGCAGCCUUCAGGGGGCCAUGAGGGGGGUCCAGGUCCCCGCCCUCGCAGACCCUCCAGUGUCA